AUGCUGAGAUACAUCCAGCCUGAAGGGGAUGAAGUGAGCUUGGAUUUCCUCACUAAAAGCACCGAAGCCAGCGAUUACCUGCACGACCUGAAACUCGCCAAGUUGAGUCCGGCCACGAUCCUCAACUACAUAAAGAACAUGAUCCGGUUUGUGCAGUAUGCGAAGACCUUUCUUCACGUUGCUGCGAAGGAUCCAGACUUCCACAGGAAGUGCCAGACCUACAUCGACUACCUCUGCGUCCUGAGAAAGUCGGUGGCCAAGGAAAACAGUAGGGCCAUAUGUCAAACCAGGUAUAAGUACUACGUUGGUGGGCAGAAGAGCAUCAAGGAGUGUCAGAAGGUACUGACUGUUGCAAAGAAGGAGACACUCAAUACCAUGGAACUCCUAAAUCGCUUCAUUUCACCGAGUGAGGAUGCAGUAACACAUUUGCGUUAUUACUGUGAGGCCAUAAUGAUCUUGGGGCACUUCCAGAGACCGGGAGCAGUGGAAGGAAUGACAGUAAGUAUCUUUCCCCUUAAAACAAGGCUCAGCCAGAAUCUAGCAGCAGAGUGGUUGGACAGGAAGAAUUCUGAUGGCAGAGUCUGCAUUGGUGUCAGCAGGCACAAGACGGCCACGAUGCAAAUAGCCACAUUUGCCCUGACUGGGGAGGAGGAGGAGGCGGUAAGUUCUCUAACAGGCUGA